AUUCGAUGCGCUUACAGUUCGACCGUCGACUCGCAGGAGGCACGUGAUCAUGGGUUCCUCAUUUUAGACUCGACGGUCGACAUCGACGUUGAAUAUUCCUUCGUUUCGUACAGUUUCGUAGUCCUGCCGUCGGCUGCCGCCGGGUCGAAGCGGAACGUCGAGCGUAUCCGCCCGAUUCCAGUCGUUUCGGUCGUCGCUACGAUGAGACUCCUCUCUCUCGAGAUUCGAGAAUAGUUCGUCCGACGGAGGGGAGGACGAUCGAAGUGGAUCGAUGGCGAUCGAUAUUUUGGACGAGGACCACUUCGCGGUGAGCGCGAUCGUCACCGUCGGUAUGCAAAUUAUUUUCUUUACGAUCGCGACGACCUUCCAGCUGGACAAACUGACGGAUUUCGCCGGCGGCACCAACUUCAUCAUCCUCGCCCUUCUCACGUUUUUUCUCGGCCAAGUGGGCAAGACCUACGACAGCCGACAACUCAUGGUCACCGUGUUCGUUUGUUUAUGGGGUCUCCGUUUGUCCUGUUAUCUGCUUUACCGUAUCAUCAAGAUUGGUCGCGACAAAAGAUUCGAAGAUCGUCGCAGCAACGUGAUUCGUUUCGCGGUAUUUUGGACGUUCCAGGCGGUAUGGGUGUACAUCGUCAGUUUACCCGUGAUCGUGAUGAAUUCGCCGCGGCACAAGAUUCCCCCGGCUCCGAAAACGAUGACAUCUUUGGACAGCGCGGGCACGGGCUUGUUCGUCACCGGUUUAUUGGUCGAAACUUACGCGGACUUGCAAAAGUUCUCCUUCAAGCAGGAUCCGGUGAACAAUGGGAAAUGGUGCAACGACGGUCUUUGGCGGAUGUCCAGACAUCCGAAUUACUUCGGAGAGAUAAUGGUUUGGUGGGGCAUCUUCGUGAUAUCGUUGAACGUGAUCGAAGGCGCGGAAUGGGUGGCGAUAGCUUCUCCGAUCUUCACCACGUUCAUUAUUCUAUUCCUGUCCGGGAUGCCUCUGCUGGAAAGGGCUUCGGACGAGAGAUAUCGCGACAACGCCGAGUACCGUUACUACAAGCAGUCGACGUCGCCGCUGAUACCGAUACCACCGUCGAUCUACGUCGAAGUGCCACAAUUUCUGAAAUUUCUUUUCUGCUGCGAAUUCCCGCUGUACGAUUCGUUGGACGUGAAACCACGCGCGGCCGUGACCGAGUCGACCUCGAUAAGCCUCGCCGCGUCCACGUAGCUAUAGCCACACGUCGGACAUCGAAAUUCCGAGUCCGGCGUGCAUUCGAGUACCACGGCUACGGCCAGUACAGCCUUCUGAAACUUUGUGUUUUUUCUUGUCGUCUCUUCUCUUCCCUUCCCUUCCCUUCCUUUCCCUUCCCUUCCCUUCCCUUCUCUCCUCUUCUCUUCUCUUCUCUUCUCUUCUCUUCUCUUCUCUUCUCUUCUCUUCCCUCGCUAUGAGGAAAUGUCGAAUCGUUCGCUCGAUCCUCUCGUUGUUAUUGAUUAAGACUCGAACGUUUAGCGUUCUUUCCGACCGCGCGGGCUGCGAGUUACUCGAUUCUACGAAACGAGCGUCGAAUCGACCGCGAAGAUGGUCAAAGGUCGAGUUCCGAUUCGAAAACCUAGUCGAAAACCUAGUCGAAAACCUAGCCAAAAGAUUCGAUCGUACCUACGAACGCGUUUAGGAAGCGUACGAAAAGCGUAUCGAAAAUCGGAAAGAUUGCUACGGAAAGUUGAAUCGUAAUUACACUACCUCGAGUACGAUGCUCUCGAACCGGAAGCGAGUUCAUCGUAGUAUUUAGACGAAUAGUCGAUACAAAUUGCCCAAGUAUAUGUGUACAUACGCGAUAUUUUUAGAAACUACCGAAACUCUAUAGUUUGCGCUACAGUUUUAAGGAGAAAAUUCGAUAUAUUUUUUUUCUAUCCUUAAAUUAUACAUAUUUUUAUGGGUAGGAUAUAAAAUUCGGUUCGAACGAAAGUAAAGCGUAUACAGAGAACGCUCUCGCGAUCGGCGAUUCGUUGGUUUAACGAUUGAAAAUAUUUUCUGACCGGUAGGGACCAUGUAACUUAGAGUCGGAGGCGGUCCUAGGUACGAGACGCUGCAACACUUUUAUACGUGUACCCACAGAUCCGGCUUUCGAUCCGAUUUCGAAGACCUGCCAGCAAAUUUCGAGACUAUUUUCAGGAGAAAAUGUUAAGGUUGUUUGUACUUUCACGCGCGCGCGCGCUCGCUCGCUCGCUCGCUCGCGUAGAUUCUACAAAUCUACAUACAACCGGAGCUGGAAUCGAUAUUUUUCAGAAAUAUGGCACACCAGCCACGCGCGUGGCCCGUCGAAAUCGAAACGAUCCAAUAAUGGUCGAACGUCUCUCGGUGUAUCUGUACGCAUAGUUUAUCGUUUACGCAGCGUAUCCGCGUACGUGUACGGGCACAUGCGCAUGCACGUAUAUACGCACACAUGUAUACGCGUAUACGCUAGUUUGUAUCGAGUCCGCUCUCCUCGCGGCUCUCGUGUCUCCACACGCAUUUGGUAUUUGUAGCAACACCGAACAAGCAUUAAAUUAUAGCAAUGUAAAACAUAUCCCGGUUCGAAGUAGAUCGUCGUCGAAACGAUUUCAGUACUAAUCUACGAGUUGACAAAUAUUAACGGCUGUACUCUUCCGAGUUAAACGCAACAAGAGAGAGUUCUUAAUUUUGUAUCCGAUCAAAAAGGAUCUCGAUCUACUCGAUCUACUCCACGAUUACCGAGUUCAAAGUUUUCGAAAGGGUACAGUUCUAAUUAAAAAGUACGCCAAAUUAGAGAAGUAAAUUGUUGUAUCGCGAACACGAUUCGUUCGCUGGUCCUUUCGAACGAUCGUUGUUACGCGAAUAUUCAGAUUUUAGAUAAUAAACGACAAUUUGUCCA